AAGCCCGUGCCCAGUCAUGGCGGCCGUGUUGGAUUUGUUGCUGAGGGAAGAGGUGACGGCGGUGGAGGCGGUGAAAUGGCUUCAAACAGAGUGGCGACAGGAGCAGAAUGGUAAAUUGAGUGACAAGCUUCUGGCAUACAACUCCCUGCGGAGAGACUUUGUACCCUUCCUUUUAAAUUUUUUAAGAGAACAGACAAACGAACUAAUUGCAAAUGGUCCAUCUACUCCUGCAAAGAUAUCCUCUGCCAAGGGACUGAAACCUGCCCGGUGUAAUCGGGAUUUGAAUGAAAAUAACCAGAUAGAAAAAAGGAGUAAUAACACAGAGACAUCAAAAGGGACUCGAGCUCAGUUAUUUUCUGACACUCCAAAUAAUUCCUUUAUCUCGGGCAGUUUCGCACAGUACCCCUCAUCCAAUGGCUCUUUCUUUUCAAAGUCAAACAGCGACUUGAACAGUUUGGACUCACCAGUUAGCCCAGAAUUCAGCUGUAGCAUAGCGCCGCGCUAUGGUGAGCGACGGUCAGCUCAGAGAGCCAACCUUGGGCAAUUCAUCGUCCAAGGCCCUGAAAGCCAAUCUCAACGGCGUUCCAAGAAGAAGAACAUGUUAGUUGGUGGCCGACAGGUAGCCAAGGACUCGACAAAGUGCCCAGCUGAAGAGGAUGGUGCAACGUGGAGUAGCAAUAAGCGGAGGAUAGAGUUUGUUAGCAUGGCUCAGCCUGCUCCCCAGUUAAAUAUAAAUAACCUAGAGGAGUUUCCACCUGUGGGUACAUUAACUUUGGGAAGCAAAACAAAACCAUCAAGAAGAAUUAACCCUACUCCAGUCAGUAUAGAGCGGCUGCAGUCCAAACCAAGGAUAUGUUUCACCUCCACUCCUUUGAAUCAAUCACUAUCCUCCACAUACUCUGUAGGAGCUGUUUCAGAGGCAUUUCGAGCUGGACUGGAGGGAUUUGCUGAAGGUUCACCUCCUAGCAACUUGCAGGAAGAGCGUGAGAUGCUGAAAAUUGAAAGAUCCAAGUUUCAGCAGCCAUCAGUCUUAGACCCAACCACACCCACUAAAUGCCAGUAUGGAAGAUCUUUUAGCUUUUCCUCAGACAGUAUUGCUGUAUGUGCUGAUGUAAGCAAAGUUUCUCAUAGAAACCAGUUGGAUGUGUUGGCUCAGCUAUACUCUGCUUGUAUCUCUGAGAAUUUAGUGCCAAACAUUUUUCUGGAGCUGUUCUUCGUACUGCAGUUGUUAACAUCCAGGGGAGGAGCAUCAACAGAUGAUUUGGAAGACGAGGUGGAAUAUGCCACUGGGGUGAAAGAUGCUGAAAGGCAAUACUUCAGGAGUGUGCAUAAUUGCAUCUACUUUGCUGUUAGAGUUCUGGAAACACAGUUCACGAUAAUUUCUUAUUUGGAUAAGGGGACUAUACGGCUUCUUGGUGAGAAUGACCGACUUGGUGUAUUCUCUGCUUCAUUACGUGAGCAGUUGACCCGUGCCAAUGAGGUCAGCACUGCACAGGUAUCGCUCGCUCUCCCUUCAGUCAUACAGUCUGUUCCAUUUCAACCUGAAACUGACAAUCGAUCAAAUUUUACCAGUGACAGAGCCUUUCAGAAUUUCAAGAAGCAAAGAGAUGUCUUCUAUGAAUUGCUGCGUGAGUGGGAGGACAAGCAUACAAAUCCUGGUUGGGAGUUUGAGAGAUCACUGGGUCUUCGAAUCAGGAAUAUGAUGGUCAAUCUAAGCACAGCUUGUAACCAUAACCACUUUGCAAGGCUGUUUCAGAAACAAUUGAUAAGGAUGUGUAAGGGUACAGUUGGAGCCCUCGCAGGCAGUGAACAUCCUGACCAAGAUGUACUGGACAUGUUUGGAACAAGCAACCUAACCAAACUGAAACGGCUGCAGGAGCGCUUUGUUGUGCCUCAAAAUAUUGGGGGACCAUGUCCCCCUCCAACUUUCUCUGGUUGCCAAGUGUUCUUCAGGGAUUUCCUUCUGUGUGCAGGAAGCCAUCAGUUAAAUCAGCACUUAUCAGACACCCUUUGCCAGCAGAUUUUGGAACUGGACAGCAUUGCAAUUCCGAGGCACGAGUCCUCAGAAGGCGAAGUGGAUAUGGAUGAACAGGAUGAAAAGGAGCAUUUUGCCUCGGUCUUGAUAGCAGCAAGACUUCUCGCUAAGUUUCUUGGUUUCCUUGCCUUCCUCCCUUAUCGUACAGGAGAGCAACCAACAAGGGACAUGCAAGAGGCAGCAGUUUCCCUGAGGAACAAGGGUGCACCUGUUCUUGAUGUGUACAGGUUACUGAUAAAGUCAAUUGAAAAUCGACGCACUAUUUUCACUGUACCCUGGGUGGUUGAGUUUCUUAGUAUGGUGGACCAUGUAGCACCAUUCCUGGAUUAUUACCACAGAGUCUUUACCCUCCUCUUACAUUUAUACAGAUCCUUGGUUCUAACAAGUGAGCAAAAUAGAAAUUUCCUGAACAAGUUGUUGAUCCUUGCUGUACUGGGGUGGCUUUUCCAGAUUCCAGCAGUUCCUGAAGAAAUGUUCUUCAAUGAAGAGAAUGUUGAUGGAUUUGAAACAAACGUAUCGGAUCAAGGCUUAGAUUCUGUUCCAUUGGUUGAUCAGCAACUGCUCUAUCUCUGCUGUCCCUAUCUGAGUGAGUUACGCAAGCUAUUGGCUUCCUACGUAGCUGGCAGUGGGGUUAAAAAUGGAGGAUACAUGAGAAAAAUCACACCAACUGCUGCAGAGCCUUUGGUACCAACUUUAGCACAAUCACAGCAGAGACUCCAGGUAAAGUUGGAGGAGGCUUUUUUUCACAAUCAACCAUCAUCACUUCGCAAAACAGUUGAGUUUGUGGCUGAAAGAGUUGGAUCUAACUGCGUAAAGCAUAUCAAGGCGACUCUGGUAUCUGAUCUAGUCAAGCGCGGGACAACAAUGCUACAAAAUGCAAUGAAGGACGAGAAGAUCAACCUACCUGAGCUACUUGAAAGUGUGAUCAUUGAUCUCUGUGAAGAAGGCAGGCAGGCUGUGAUCAAAGGCAGAGAAUUCUGUGGCAGAAAGGGACCAGAAGCAAUUCAAGUUCUGCUUCCAGAAGAGACAUCUGCCUCGGUGCUGAGUACAGCCGAAGGUAUUGCAAGCCGCCUUGCUACCGAGAAAGCCUGUAUGUGGCUUUCCACCAAUGUCACAGCUUUAAUUAGAAAAGAAAUGAAGCUCAGUUUUGACAGACUGAAGAAAUCUCAAACCGUGCAAUCGACAAAUGUGAGCGAGGUUCCUGGAGCAAUAAGGAAUUGCUCACCAGAGUGUAAGCAUGAUGCCCCUCCUCCCUCCCAAAUAGCCAGUGAGUUUAAGGAGCUGUUGAGUAUUACAUUGGGUCCCAGGCACAGCGAUGAAACAGUGGACCACAAACAACUUGAUGACUUAUUAGGAAGGUUAUGCCAAACACUAAGAUGUAGACAGUACAUAUGUCCAGUAAUUGAACAGGCCCUUGCCAAAUACACUGUGGAGCUUGCUUCUUUGCUAGUUGCAGGAGAAGUUCCACUAUCCGACUCUAAUGUGAAGAAGGAUGUCGGAGACCAGGCUUCUUUUCGCAAAUCCAUCCAGCAUUCGCUCAGCUGCCUCCUUGCCUUGUGGAAGGAUGAUUUCCGUGUGCCUGUACCUCUUCGGCUAAUAUUUAGUGAGAAGAACAUUUCGUAUACAAUAGAGACAAGAAAUCGAAAGUUAUCUUGGAAUGAGCUCUCGUUUCUAAUUCAUGGCCUUACUGAGCAGGGGCUGAUGAAGGCCACAGAAAUUGAGUGUUGCUGGAGGGACCUUUCACAGUAUGCUUGGCCCCAGGAUUUCAAGCAUGUGAUAGAAUCCAUAUUUGGAAUGUGUUCAGAACUGGCAAAGACAGAUAAAAUGGAAGACCAGAUGCCAAAAGAACAGAGAUAUAUGGAGUAAAAUAGAUGGACUUCUGCAGAAAAAAAAGUCUAGCCUUAUUCUCACAGUAUUUUGCUAUUCAUAAGUGCAAUUCAUUUGGGAUGGGGGGAAUAUUUUAUAUUUUUACUGAUGCUGCUAAAUUUAAUCAAAUAUUCAAAAGUGAAUAUUUAAAUGUAGUUCACAUUGGACCACUUUCUAUUUGGCUGUAAUUAAUCCUGCGAUGUUGGCCUAGAUUUUGUUAACAAACCUUGCAGGUUUAGCUUAUGGCAAUUUAAAAUAAUUAGUGAUCCAUUUCAGAAUGGCACCAUUUGGAUCUGCCAGAAGGGGGAAGCACUUGCAUUGAAGAAUCCAUACUGAGACAUGGGGCACAAUUUUGCCCUAGAUGGGUGGGCCAAUUAAGGCCUGCCUGACCGGAAGCACUAUCUAUGCAGGGGGGGGGGAUUCCCUAGAGUGUGCACAUGUGUGCAUCUCCCUGAGGCGCAAAGUGCUGCCUCAGGGAGAUUGCUAAAAGGCUGGCAAAUAUAAAAAAUCCAUUAAUGAAAUAAACAAAAACUUUAUUAAACAUUUUUAAAACUAUCAAACCUCAUCCAGUGGCGGGAUGAGAUUUGUAAAAAAAAAUCGCGGGCCCGUGCGCCAAGCCAAAUUUCGCAUGGGCACCUCAAAAUCGAUGAUUGGCAAGUUAAGGGCCUUAAUGAGGCCUUUAAUUAAUGGCAGGUGCACAGCGCACCCACUGACUGAAAUAUCACAAUGCUGCUUGUGCACUGGCGUGUGGGAUCCUCCACCCGCAUGCCAGCCAGAAGAUUCUGCCCAUGGAGUCUAAACCAGGGAGUAACAUAAUUUAGGAACUUUAAAAUUAAAUAUUCUGUGCCACAAAGAUUGUUGUUUGGUAAUAAUUAUGUUGAAAUUUUUUGUCUUACACAUCAGGACAUAUGCAAAAUUUCAAACAACAGCAGCAAUUUGUAUUAUAGGAGAAGGGAUGUUCUUUUAGAACUCCUUCCCCUACCAGCACAGUGGGUGGAACUAGGUGGCUUACCUUAAGUAAGCAAGGGUGGUAAAUGCCAGCCUGGCCAGUGAUGCUCACAAGCAACAGAUGAAUGUGAAAAAAAAGUGAAAGACUGAUGGGCUAAAAGAUACCUACCUGUUUCAAACAUUUGCCAGAAUAAAAAAAUCUUCUU